ACAACAAUGGAUAGUUCAGUGCAAUCAAAAUGUGUGAUACCGCAGCGUGUUAUUAUGGGGAUUAUGGGCUCGUUAGCCAUAAUUGUUUCAUGGUUAUUGCGCGGAAGCUUAUCACUAGCGAUCACAGAAAUGGUUGUCCCAUUGAAUAACACCGGGAAAAAUAAUGUAUCGAUCGUUUGUCCAGUGGAAACGCCGACCACCAUCCAAAGUACUAUCGUCUCGAAAAUGAUUGGCACGCGAUACGAUUGGACGCACCAGCAACAGGGAUAUAUUCACUCUGCUUUUGCCUGCGGCUAUAUCAUCACCCAUAUUCCAGGCGCUUUGCUGGCGCAAAAAUUCGGCGGUAAAUGGGUUCUAGGAUUAAAUGUUCUGGCAACGACCAUCUGCAAUGCAGCCAUUCCAAUUGGCAUUGAGUAUGGUGGUAUUAUGGCAUUGAUAUUGCUACGAGCUUUGAUGGGUACGGCAAAUGGUUCAAUGUUUCCAGCACUCAGUGUUUUAUUAUCAGCCUGGGUUCCGGAGAAAGAACGAGGCAAGCUAGCCACAUUUGUGAUGGCUGGAGGUGAAAUUGCAGCAAUUUUGUCUUCAUAUGUAUCCGGAAUGAUUUUGCAUCACUCCACUUGGCCGGUGGUUUUCUAUUUCUGGAGUUUUGUUGCCCUCAUUUGGUUUAUUGUUUUUACUUUAAUCUGUUCCAAUGACCCAUCCUCGAAUUCAUUUAUUGGAAGACGAGAGCUGGAUUAUUUAAAACGUGAAAUCGGCCAAUUGAAACGAAAGAAAAAUUUACCACCGACACCAUGGAAAGAGAUUUGCUUCUGUAUGCCUAUCGUUAUAUUAACGGUUACUCAGAUAAUCGGUGACUAUGUCAUGACCAUUGUGGGCAUAUAUUUACCAAAAUAUAUGAAAGAAGUGCUUGGUUUUUCGGUACAAGACAUUGGUUUCUACCUUUCAUUGCCACACGUAUUGAAAUUGAUUGUAUCACUGUUAUCGGGUUUUGUGUCAGAUUAUUUGAUCAGUGAACAGUAUCUAUCAACGACGCAAGUGCGGAAAAUAUUCGCUGCACUCGCUAGCGUUUUUCCAGCGGGUUUCAUUGUUGCUGCCGUCUAUGCGGGAUGCAAUCGACUGCUGGUUGUAAUUUGGUUUGUGCUGUCAUUUGGAUUUCAGGGCUUUUUUUACUCCAGCUUUCGCAUUAACAUAUUGGACUUGGCUCCAAACUAUGCCGGCCCAAUCAUGGCUGUUAUCAACGGAAUAUCCUCAUCAGCUGGCAUUGUUGCGCCAAAUAUCGUCGGCACGAUGAUAUCCGAUUCAACGCAUGAACAAUGGAAAUUCGUAUUCUGGAUUUCAUUCGUGUUGGCUGUGUUUCGAACUGUCAUUUAUACAAUCUGGGGAUCGGCUAAAAUUCAGUCGUUUAAUGAGCCGAAAAAGGUACCAGAAGCAGCUGAGCUUACAAGACUCAAUGAAGAUGGUAAAGAGAGAGAAACCAAAAAAUAAAUAAUUAUAGCCGCAACACUGCAAAUUGUUAUGAAA